AUAUCUGAGCAGUGGCUUCAGGAGAACUUGCUCUCUUUCCUUUCUUAGACCUCUCUAAAUUUUCUUUUCUCAUUGCAAAGCGCAGAGAGUCUCUGCAUCUUCUUCGAUUCCUCUUGUCUUGUUUAUGAGCUCAAAGGAGAAACCCACUCUCGGUGGUACGCGGAUUAAGACCCGCAAACGGAAUAUUGCAGCGCCUCUGGACCCUGCAGCAUUUGCGGAUGCAGUGGUCCAGAUUUAUUUGGAAAAUGCUGGUGAUUUGGAACUUGUUGCCAAGAGCAUCGAGUCUACAGACCUUAACUUCUCAAGAUACGGUGACACCCUUUUUGAGGUUAUCUUCACAGGGGGACGUACGCAACCUGGAACAAUUAAACCUGAUGAAGGAGACCGCCACCCUUACUCUGUAAUUGAGUGUGAACCUAGACGUGAAGUCAUUUUGCCAUCUGUAAUCUACGUGCAGAAGAUAUUGAGGAGAAAACCGUUUCUUAUAAAGAAUCUUGAAAAUGUUAUGCGGAAAAUGUUGCAAUGUUUGGAGUUCUUUGAGGAAAAUGAGAGGAAGAAGUUGGCAAUUUUUACAGCCCUUGCCUUUUCCCAGAAGCUUUCUGGCCUCCCGCCAGAAACGGUUUUCCAGCCAUUGCUCAAAGAUAACCUUGUUGCCAAAGGGCUAGUCCUCUCAUUUAUCACAGACUUCUUUAAAGAAUAUUUGGUUGACAACAGUCUUGAUGAUUUGAUCUCAAUCCUUAAGCGGGGUAAAAUGGAAGGUGAUCUCUUGGAGUUCUUCCCUUCGGCAAAGCGGACACCUGAAGCUGUCUCUGAGCAUUUCACCAAGGCUGAGCUUAUACCUUUGGUCGAGUACAAUGAAAAGAAGAUUUUUGAGGUGAACCUCAAGGAAAUGAAAUCUGCCGUGACGACUCAGAUAGCAGAAGAAGCUAAUAUUUCUGAAGUAAUAGAAACUGUCAAGCAACACGUCAAAGAUGCUAAACUGCCGGAUAUAGAAGUUGUGAGAAUUCUGUGGGAUGUCUUGAUGGAUGCUGUGCAGUGGUCUGGGAAGAAUCAACAGCAAAAUGCUAAUUCGGCCCUUCGCCAGGUGAAAACAUGGGCGCAACUGUUGAAUACAUUCUGCACAACAGGAAAGCUUGAAUUGGAGCUUAUAUACAAAGUCCAAGUUCAGUGCUAUGAGGAUGCUAAACUGAUGAAGUUGUUCCCAGAAAUUAUAAGGUCCCUCUAUGACCAAGAUGUGCUGGCAGAAGACACCAUUCUUCAUUGGUUCCGCAAGGGAACUAACCCUAAGGGCAGGCAAGCUCUUGUCAAGUCGCUGGAUCCCUUUGUUAAAUGGCUGGAGGAGGCAGAGGAAGAGGAUUGAUUUCUUCUGAUGCUGCGUGUCAGUUGAGAUGAUCUUUCCAGUUUUUAUUUUUAUUUUUCUGGAGAACUUAUUCCUCCUAAAUAUUUAAAAUAGUGGAUUCCAAAUUUUCACACGAAUUGACAUUUGUUUGCUUCAUGUUGUUAACUAAUUUGUUAUGGCUUUACUCAUUUGGAUCGCAAUUUCUUGUGUUUCUUUGCUCUCA